UUGGUUGGUAGAGGGGCUAAGCGUUUGUAAGCAGUUUGUUUUGUAGUUCAUUUUGAAUUGCAGAAACUUAUUUAAAAUUACUGAGUUCGGUUUUUGGUUUGUGAUUUUUUAAUAUACUUGACUCAAAUAUUAUAGUAACUAACCGGAGAGAAUGACGUAUAGGUUAAACUACGUACGAAACGGGCUGGAAUUAUGUGCCAUUUUUUACUAAUGACAUUAAGAGGUUUUUGUGACAGUUUAUACGCCGUGGCAAUUCCAUUGCUUGUAUCUUAGACAGUUAUCAUCAGCCUUGAACGUAUAUUCAUUUAUAAUUAUUUUUUUAUAGUUCUUUGUAAAUUUCUUCAUAACGUUCAUUGAAGAAAAUAAGACUCCGUUGAAAUGUCACAGGCUGUUAUGCCUACAAAUCAGAUGCGUGAGAGCCCUCCAAUGGAGCGGAAUAUACACGAAAUGCUGAAGGAUACGCCGGUGAUGAAUGAUAGCAAUACAGCUGUACACUCAGGAACAGCUCCCCCGACACCGCAGCGUAUGGGCUUUAUCCAACACCCGACAUCAUUACCUCUAAGUCAGACUGCAGCCCCAGCAUCAAUGACAUCACCAUCUAUGAAUUCAACGCAGAAUGGCGAUCCUCAAAUCAUAAAAGCCCAACAAUCAAAAAUUGAAAGUAUAAAGAACUGGAGUAUUUCAACAUACAAAUGUACAAAGCAGCUUAUGUUUGAAAAAUUGGGAAAAACUUCAAGAACUGUGGAUAAAGAAUUGGAGGCUCAGAUUGAACAGCUGCGAGACACUCAACGGAAGUAUUCAAACAUCUUGAGACUGUCUCGAGCCCUUGCCAGUCAUUUCUAUCAUGUUGUACAAACUCAGCAUGCACUUGGUGAGGCAUUCUCAGACUUAGCACAGAAGUCACCAGAGCUGCAGGAAGAGUUUCUGUACAAUGCAGAAACACAACGUAGCCUUACCAAGAAUGGAGAAACCCUACUUGGGGCUCUGAACUUUUUUGUUUCAUCAGUGAACACCUUGUGCAAUAAGACUAUUGAAGAUACCCUUCUGACUAUUAGACAGUAUGAAACAGCCAGAAUAGAAUAUGAUGCAUACAGGACUGAUUUGGAGUUGUUGGCUCAAGCUCCAAGAACAGAUGCAAAUACAGCAAGAUUGGAAGAGGCGCAACAUAAUUAUGAACUUCACAAAGCACAUUUUGAAAAGUUAGGCUCAGAUGUAUCUGUAAAACUGAAAUUUUUGGAUGAGAAUAGAAUCAAAGUAAUGCACAAACAGCUUUUGCUGUUCCAUAAUGCGGUAUCAGCAUACUUCUCAGGAAAUCAACAGGCACUUGAAGCUACAUUAAAACAGUUUAACAUCAAGGUUAAAUCUCCUAAUUCUUCUUAUCCAUCAUGGUUGGAGCAAUAGUAGCAGGAGAUAAGUAGGACUUGUGAGUCGUGCCCAUUCCAGAUGGUUUGCAGUUAUUGUAAAGUAGCUGUGUAAUUUCACUUAAUGUCAACAUGACAAUGCUGCAACAAUUCCUGCAUCACUUUGUUUAUCAAUCUGUGUGUGCAUCAUAUGUGAUAAAUGUAAAUUAAGUGCUUUAACAACUUUUGUUGCCAUUUACUAUACAUCAGGGCCAGAAUUCUGCAUUAGUUAACUGCGAACAUUAAUUAUGUAUACUAAAACCCUUGUUCAUUAGUCAUGCAGUAUCAUUUUUUCAGUGAGUUCCUGUUUCAUGGUUUUGUAUGAUUUUGAGACUACAGAUGACUGGUGAACAGUACAUAUAUUUCAUGUAUGA